AUGCCAAAGUGUACAGCUCCUCACUGUAAUAAUUCUUCGGAACAAGGAUAUGUAUUGAAAUGUCUGCCAACGAACGAAAAACUUCGAGCUAAAUGGAUAAAAAAUAUAACUCGUAAAUAUACAAUAAAAGAUUGGUCACCUACUUCAGAUUCGCGUUUAUGUGAAGUACACUUUGCUCCAGAAAUGUGGGAAAAUAGAAGACUGGACAAUUUACAAAAAUUAAAAAAACAUGCGUUUCCAACAAUUUUCGGACAUCACAUUACAAAAAAAACUUUUAUUGCAAAAAACAGUAUAUCAACGCAAACAGAAAAUGAUGAACUUGCUUUACCGGUUAUUAGAACUCCCGUUUCUACUUGUGACCAGUCAACAUCUACAGAAGAAGGCGAGAGUGAAUCACAAAAAUUUGUAACUUUGAAAAGAGCAUACAGCGUUGUGCGAAAUAGGGUAAAAUCUUUACAGUUAAAAAAUAAAGUAUUAACGGAUGUAUUACGUACAGACAAAUAUAGAACAGCUCUGUACAGUUUAUUCAAUGAAGAUCAAGUACAGUAUUUAAUUACUGACCAAAGAAAGCUACAGCAUUGGUCGCGUGAAACUGUUGAACGAGCAGUAAAAUUGAGGACAGUUUGUGGUACCCAUGGGUAUAAAGAACUCCAAUCGCAGGGUAUACCUCUUCCUUGUCUUCGUGUGUUACAACGGUCACGACCCAAAGCUUAUUCGCAAUCAGAAACUCCACAACCGACGACUACUCUGUCGCCCGAUGAAUUACUAUCAAUAAUCAAUGAUGAUUGGGACUGA